UGCCACCAGAUCUGGGCAAAAUUGUCGUUCAAGUGAAAAUGUAAGAAAAAAAAACCACAAUUUACAAACAUUGAGAAACGCAAUGCUGCGGUAAUAAUUAUUGCGUAAAUUAACAAAUAACUGAUUGAUAAAUAUAUACGCACACGAACGCAUUUGAAAUGCCAGACACAUUCAGCGAAUUCGAUGCGGAGCGCGUCUGUCGCGUUUGCCUGCGCGAAGUGGGCGAUUUCUACUUCAUCUACGAUGAGGCGCCCGUGGAGCAGGGCGCGAACAUUGCCCAGAUACUGAAUGAAUGCACGCGUUACACCUGCGAGCGGUUCGACAAGAUGCCGCAUCAUAUGUGCGAUACGUGCAUUAAGGCCGCCUGCCAAGCGUAUCGCUUCAAACGAGACGCUGAGAAGGCCUAUCGCUCCCUGGUCGCGAUCCUGGGACAGACUCCGGCAGCGAAGCCAAACAGCAGCGAUGUUUGCACCCAGACGGAACAGUUACCAAUGCUGCCUUGUGGCAUUUGCAAUGAGGAAUUUCUCAACAUUAUUGAGCUGCGUAUGCAUCGCAAUCAGCAGCACAAAUAUAUCGAGGAACUCAAGUGCAAAUUGUGUGGUGCACAAUUUGAACAAUUUCGACAAUUGCGCAGUCAUCUUGUGGAGAAGCACGAUCAAAAAACAACAUCAACAUUCAUGCAACGUCGCGUUGAAUGCCGCGAGUGUAAUCGCGCCUUUAGUCGGCGGGAUCAUCUGCUUCGUCAUAUGCGCACAGUGCACAAGUCGGAUAAACAGCGCCGGACGCUGACCGAGCAGGAGGAGGAUACAAUCUGGGCACCUGCCGACGAGACAACCAUGCACAGUGGCGAUGAAUUGGAAUCAGCUGCCGUUUUACUCAAUGACCAAUGCUCCGACGAUGAUGAUAACGAGAACAUUGAGAGUGUCUAUCAAAGCCAUACGAAUCCCAUAUCAAGCAACGAGGAGGCUGACGAUGAUGAGGCCGAUGCCGAGGCUAAGCAAUCCCUUUGGCUGCAUAUUAAACCCGAACCAGAAGCCGAACCGGAGCUAGAACAUUGUCCGGCUCCAAUAGAGGCGCAAGUAACGCGCGAGAGGCGUAAAAGAAAAGCAAAGAUACAGGCAGAUCAGAAGGAGGAGGAGGCAAAGGAGGAGCAGAAAAGUGCAGCCAGAAAUGAGCUGGCAACAACAGAAGUUAAGGAGGAGCCACUAGCAGAGCCACAAUUACCCAUUAAACAGGAGCGACAGCGUGUUGAUAGCGUUAAUGUGGAUGCAGUGGAAGAUUUGAAGGGGACACCCACAACAGCGAAUGUGCUGCACAGCUCCGAUGAUGAGGAGGAUCAGGAUGAGGAAGAUUUUUGCAAUGAUGACAAUGACAGCGACUUGGAUUACAUUGACGAAGACGAAGCUGACGAUGAGCGAGAGUUGACAGUCGCUGCUACCACCAAGGAUAAGUCAAAGAAGCUGCCACAAGCUGUGGCACCUGUGGAAAUCGUGCGAGAAUAUUUGCAGAAACCAUCGACGGCCAAACAACGACGUCGUCGUCGCAAUAAUAAACAAACUGAUGGCGAACCAAAUGCCAAUCCCGAGAAUCGUUGUGACGUCUGUCAGCGCACAUUCUCCCGCCACUGUCACUUGUUGCGCCACCAAUUGUCGCAUCUGGAGAAGAAGCCGCUCAGUUGUCCGCAUUGCUCCAAGGGAUUUGCACGCAGCGAUCAUUUAAAGGCGCAUAUACAGAGUUUGCAUGGCAACAAGGAGCACAAGUGUGUUCUAUGUGAAGCAGCCUUUACACGUCCCGAUGCCCUCGAGCGGCACAAGCUGAGCAAACACAAUGGCGAGGGUCUCGAUGCGAACAGCGAACUCAAGCUGCAACUGAGCGAACACACAUGUGAAUACUGCUCCAAGAGAUUCUCCAGCAAGACAUAUCUGCGCAAGCAUACGCUCCUCCACACGGAAUUCCUUUAUGCCUGCAAAACUUGCGAUGAGACAUUCAAGGAGCGCCAACAGCUGCGCAGCCAUGAGAAGACGCACACGGGUCAGCGGAACUUCCUCUGUUGCAUAUGCGGCGACAGUUUUGCCCGCAACGAUUAUCUGCGCGUCCACAUGCGCCGUCACAAUGGAGAGAAGCCCUACAAGUGCCGUUACUGCACCAAGGCAUUUCCCCGUGCCACAGAUCUCAAGGUGCACGAGCGGUAUCACACGGGCACCAAACCGAAUCUGUGCAACACGUGUGGCAAGAGCUUUCAUCGCGCCUACAAUCUCACCAUCCACAUGCGGACACACACGGGCGAGCGUCCGUACAAGUGUGAUCAGUGUCAGAAGAGCUUCAGUCAGAGCAAUGAUCUGAAGGCGCACAUAAGACGCCACACGGGCGAGCGUUACAAGUGUCCACAUUGUGAUGCCUACUUUCUGCAACUUUACCACAUGCGCAACCAUUGUCUCAGCGCCCACAACAAGCAUAUUGAAACGAAAACGGGAAGGCUACAACGCACUGGACUCCUGGAUGAACCGACGCAUUCGCAUCUCACCACGGUUGUAAUUCCGCCCACACGUUUCCAGACAGAUGCUGCAACAGUGACCACAACAACAACAACAGCGGCGGCGGCAUCUGCAACAAUUGCCACACCAAUUAUACAUUCACCUGUCACCUACAACACAAACACAAACACAGCAUCCCCUGCAUCUGUAACUGUGCCCAUUACGUUACCCCUUGUUCCGGACACAGCUGUUGGAUUUGUUGGUGCUGCGAAUAAUGCCACAGCAACGACAACGGCGCCCUUUGGGGCAUUCAACAUAGCGCCCGUUGUGAUGGCCCAUCUCAUGUACAACCAUGGAGGCAACAGUCAACAGAGCAAUGCCAGCGGCAGCGAGACAGGAAAAUAGCCGAUGUUGCAACAACAACAACAAGAACAAGAACAACAACAACCGAAGAAGACUUACAUCACCAACAGUAGAAUUCUAUUAAGAGCGUCUCUCUUAAAGCUAUAAUACCCUAUGAUACUCGUAUCAUGCAAAAUGGGGUUUAUCAUGCUCAAAACCAAUUUCUUCUGUAACUCGCUGUUUUACCAGUGACUAAACUAAACGUUGAAAUUUCUUGAUUACAUUGUUAAUAUUAAAUAAGUAACUAUCUAUAAUAAUAUAAGAACGUUUCAAUGCUUUUAUAUUUAUGUUUAACAUGUAUGCAAUUUUUAAUGAAAUUAUAAAAAAAUAACUCAUAUUUGUACAACUAAGAAUAUAGCUUUUAAUAUUGCAAAUACACAUGCAAACAUGUUCAAAAUGAAAAUGGAGCAAAGAAUGAAAAAA